AUGCCUUCCCCGGCACUCGGGGUACACAGCCUGCCUUUCGGAUUUCACGGCGCAGUAAUCUUUCUUCGCAACUCGGUGUUACUCACGUCAUUGUCGCUUAUUCUCGUCACGCUCGGCGUCAUCGGGUACCGUCUGCUCUUCCACCCCCUUGCCCGCGUCCCCGGCCCCCGGCUGGCUGCCAUUUCGAAUGUCUGGUACGCUUGUCAGGUCCGCAACGGACGGAUGCUCAGGUUGGGCAAGUCACUGCAUAAGCGGUAUGGUCCGGCUGUGCGCGUCGGGCCGAAUGAGGUUUGGUUUGAUUCUGUAGAUGCAUUCAAGCACAUUUACCUGUCCACUGCGUUGCAAAGACCAGACAUUACUUACACCCCUCUGCCAACCUUUACAUCUCCCGAUACCCUUGACUUGCUCUCGGAACGCAACACGCAGCGCUACCGCCUGCAACGUCGUCUAGUAGGACCUCUGUACCAAACCAGCUAUCUGAAACGUCACGAACCAGCACUUGAUGCCGUAUUAGGAAGGGUAAUCGCCACGCUUCGUUCGCUUGACGGUGCCGAGAUCGACCUCAAGGAAUGGAUGCACAUCAUCGCGGUCGAGUCUCUCUCAGCCGUCGUCCUCACCUGGUCGCCCAACUACCUCCGUGACAAGACAGAUCACUCGUCCAGCAGCCAUGGUUACAUGGGCUGGCGCCGCAAAUCCAUCUUUGGACUCUUUCCUCUCGCCGUCAAAUUGGAGCUGCUCUCGAAAACAUUCGGGAGGACAUUUGCCAACCUCUGGCGCGUAACGUACAAGACGCCCAAGAACUUCAAGCCCUUCUUCACGGGCGUCUACAGACAAGUUUCGCGACGGGUCACGUCCGCCCUGGCUGGCAAGCCGAUCUCGAAAAACGACCGCAAGGACGACUUCCUCACGGACCUCAUCCAGCUGCACAAGGACAAGCCCGACUUUUCGGAGACGUACCUCCGUCGCAUGGCCAUCACCAACUUUGGCGCUGGGCACGAGACCAUGUGCUCGGCGCUGACGUCCAUCAUGGCCAUGAUCGGCUCCCACCCCGAGGUACAGCGCCGUGCCGCCAACGAGGUGCGCUCCGCGACCGAAGACCCGAAGGUCUACGACCACGCCGUGCGGUUGAGCUACACCCAAGCCGCCAUCAAGGAGGCCCAACGGCUGUACCCCGUUCUCGGGAUGGCGUUGCCCCGCACGGUACCCCCUGAAGGGUUUGCCGUCGGUGGGCAAAUGUUCCCUCCGGGGACGACCGUUGGAUGCAACCCCGUGUCCUUGCACAGGAACACGGCAAUUUUCGGAGAGGAUGCGGAAGGAUACAAUCCGGAGCGCUGGUUGGACGCAGACAGAAACCUCAAGUCCAUGGAGCGGUUCAACCUCACCUGGGGAGGGGGCGGAAGAAUGUGUCCCGGGAGACACCUUGCCGAGUUGGUGGUCUACAAGACGAUACCGGCCCUGCUGGAGCACUUUGACGUGGAGGUUGUCAUGCCCCGGAGGAAGAAAUACACUAUUACUUUAUGGCCAUGCUUACGGGUGUGA